UUGGCAAAGUGUUUCAAUGGAAAUAAAACAAAAAUAGAUCCUUUGAUAUUGCGCAGUAAACGCAGCAAAUAGAGGAAAAUUGUGUGAGAUGGGAAAAACUGUAACUGGCACAAGGUGAAGCAAUAAGAGAAGCAAUGAAAACGCGUGCCUCAAAGAACGACACAAAACACAGCCAAAAAAUAUAUAAAAGGCAAGUUGCAUUUCGGUGAAAAGCAGCGGAAGAAAGCGACGAGAGAAAAUCCCGACCCCAGCGAAUUAAUUCAAUAAACCUAUUUAUCUGGGACGGCAGAGACGACUGGGACUUAAACUGGGGAAUAUACACAUUUCGCCCAGAAUGCGAAAAACUUCGCCAACCAACUGGGCGCACUGCAAUCAGAACCAGAGGUCAGCAACGUGCCGAGCACUUGGAGACAAUGCUCCAGCGAUGGUUCCGCAAACGAGUCCCCAACGGCGGCAGACGCCGGGCAAUGAGCGCACAAAAUAUGCUGUAAGUGUCACUGCUGCAAGGCUCUGUGCCAGUGGGACUGCCAGGACAAGCGCCAGGAAGCUGACAACUGCAAAGAUGACAGCCACAGUCUCAGCCUCAGCCCCAGCCUCAGCAUCAGACACUGGACAGCGGCGCCAAUUUGUACGCACGGCCAGGACGAUGACUUGGCAACGCAUCUGGCUAGCAGCUCAGCUCCUUGUGCUGUUCGACUUGGGAACGCACCUUGUCACCUGCAGCUCAGCCUACGACCAGGUGGUUGUCACAGAGCCGCAGCUAAUGACACAGCCGAGAUCCACUUUGCCAGAUAGCCAACUGACAACACAAAACGAUCUAAUUACGACAGCCCGAAACUCAACAACAUUACUGACAACGAAAAAGCCAGCCGCUGCAGCAGCAGCGACAACAACAGCAACAACAGCGAGAGGCUAUUGGCGCACGACCCUGGGCAUGUCAUCAACAGCGCCAACGAUAACAAGGACUGCGACAAGGAGGCUGGCAGGAGGUGCCGCAGCGGCAACUAAGUCCGCACAAAUUGGUCUAACUACGCAGCCCGCAACGGCGGCUAAAACACAAACAACAAUCGCUGCAAUAACAACAACAGCAGCAACAACAAUGGCAACAACGGCAACGGCGAUGGCAACGCUGUUCAUAUCAACAAUUUAUCCGACAUCAACAACAGAGCCCGCGACGGUUGUCCCAACGCCGACGACGAGGAUGAGGACGAGGACGACGCUGACGGAAACGGAUGCCCGCAACUCCAUUGAAACGGCAACGUCACGGCCAUCGGUUGAAGCGGGGCAGGAGUUGCAGGAGUUGCAAGAGGAAGGGCAGGGGAAGGAGGAGGAUCUGGAGUUGGGGGAAAAUGCGGUGUUGCAGCUUCCUCAUCCGGCCAACACUGAUUCACUGACUAAGGGCUUCUCCAUACCCACAUUUCUGCCGCCGUUUCCCGUGUUCGCGGCCGCAGAUUUGCCUGCGUACCGAGCUGCUGCUGCUGCAGCUGAGGCAGCCGCUGCCGCUGCCGCCGCAGCAGCAGCAUCAACUCAAGCGACGGAGACUACUGUGACAUUGUCACCGGAGCAGCAGCGACAACAAAUGUUUAAUGAGCAGCACUCGUACUUGGCCUCCCACAAUGGGGAACUGCUGCCGGGGCAGCAGCCGCGCAAAAAUCUGACAAUGCCUGUGCUAAACAUCACGGCUCAGAUGGGAAAUCACGCGUAUAUGCCAUGUCAGAUCCAUCGGCUGUCGGAGAAGCCUGUCUCUUGGGUGCGAUUGCGCGAUGGUCACAUAAUCAGCGUGGACGAGAGCACAUUCAUAGCCGAUGAACGUUUCCAGUCGAUAUUCCAGGAGGAGAAUGAUUACACCUGGUCGCUGCAGAUCAAGUACGUGGACGUCAGCGAUGCCGGCUGGUACGAGUGCCAAAUGGCCACCGAGCCCAAACUGAGCGCCAAGGUGCAUCUGGAAGUAGUCACGCCCAAGACUGAGCUAAUUGGCGAUCAGAGCCGCUUCGUCAAGGCCGGCAGCAAGGUGGCGCUUCAUUGCAUUGUGCGCGGCACCCUGGACCCGCCGAGGUAUAUCAUCUGGUUCCGUGGGCAGAAGAAGAUAAGCGAGAGCGAUGAGCGCACCGGCUGGUAUACGCAAAUAGAUCGCAAUAUAUUUGGCACAGUGGGCGAUAAUCAAAAUACGAUCGGCUCAUUAAUUAUACCAUUUGUGCGCAAAGAGGACUCCGGGAACUAUACGUGCCAGCCAUCGAACAGUGUCUCCGUCUCCGUUGACCUGCACGUCCUCAGCGGUGAAUACUCCGCUUCGGCUAUCAUGUCCGGCGCAGCACAGCGACAGCAGCGCAGCACGAUUCUGCCGCUGGCGCUGCUGCUCCCGAUGCUGCCGCUGCUGCUGGUGCUGCUGUCAGGGGUGCGGGAAGCGCGGGGAUUGCGUUGGCUGCUGCCCAAGACGUGACUUGUGACGUGACUCGCUUAUUGAGCGGCCAGCCCGGACUUCAAUUAUUUGUAAGCUUUUGCACAAUGUGCAGUUAUAUAAUUUGGGUUAGAGAUUAAUUAAAGAUGUCAUUGUAAAUAGCAGAGGCCCAAGGCGAGCGGGCGAGGCGGCGAAGAGAAGGUGCAACUUUCUGUAAUUAAGUUAAAUGUUGGCGCAUACCCGCAUACGCUGAUGUAUGUGUGUGCGCUUGUGUGUGCUGUACAUUUAAAAGAUAUAAGCACAAAAUUUAAAACAUAAUACUCGUAAUAUUAUUAAUUGCUAGACUAAGACAAAUCAAAUUCUGAAGAUAAAUCAAAGAGAUGUUGCCAUUUACAGUUGUGAAACAGAUCAAUAAUUAGAUUAUUGCAAAUCUGCUAAACUUAAAUCUGAAUAAUACACGAAUAAACCAUUAUUAAUUCAUGUGAACUGACAGCAGGCGUAUUUUAUAUCGACUCAUACGCCUGCCUUUCCAAGGGUAUUUAUUAUUAUUUUUUUUAGCCACCUUCAAAAGCCCUCAUAAAUCGGAUUGCAAACAUGAAGCGCUUUGAAAUUGAUACUUGACUGCAAUCCAAAAACCAAUUAGCGAUGAAAAAUACACUAAAACCAGGUAACAAUCAUCUAUAAAUAUUUAAAAAAAUGAAGUAUGACUACAAAACGGCAAACGGAUACCUUUUUAUA